AUGGCCCACGGUGACCUGGACGAGGAGAGUCUCAAUGACCUCUACAGCUGGGUGGAUGCCAUCCCUCUCUCCCGCCCCAAGAGGAACAUCACCCGCGACUUCAGCGAUGGAGUUCUGGUGGCCGAGGUGGUGAAGUUUUAUUUUCCCAAAAUGGUGGAAAUGCACAAUUAUGCUCCAGCUAAUUCCACCCAACAGAAGCUCUCCAACUGGGGACACCUGAACAGGAAAGUGUUGAGCAAAUUGAAUUUUUCCAUUCCCGAAGACAUCGUCCGGAAGAUUGCGCAGUGCACCCCUGGCGUGGUGGAGUUGGUGCUGAUGCCGUUGAGACAGAAGAUUGAGGAGAAGCAGAAGCAAGCCAAGAUGUCAAGCACCUCUUACCAGGGCCGGCCACCAACUCCUCUGGGCUCCUGCAGCCUUUGUUCCUUCCCGACUCCAAAGCCCCAGGACCUGGGCAUGCGCGCCAUUGUGGAAGAGAACAACUACAUGGAAACAGGCUACACUUCGAAGUCCAAGCCCAACAGCACCGGAGGUUACACCAAGGACACUCCUGGCUUGGAAAGGGGUCUCAAGGGACAGACGGGGUACCCAGUGCCUCUGCAAACGGAUGCCAACCUGCGUCUGCACCUGGCCGAGCGGGAACAGGCGCUGCUGGCUUCCCAGGAGACCAUCCAGAUUCUGCAGAUGAAAAUCCGCCGACUGGAACACCUGCUGCACCUGAAGAACGUCCGGAUUGACGAUCUCUCCCGGCGCCUGCAGCAGGCGGACCCCAAGCGGAAGUGA